GUCUGUUGAUAAUUGUUUGUGUUUCUGUUGGUCAGAGGGAGCAAGCGCUCGGUGUUAAAUGAAUGGGGACAAGAGAUGUGAAUUGUUUUACUCUCAAUAAAAGGGCUCAAUUGAAAGGAGUGAUUACUAAAGUAGCCGUAAAUGUGAAAGUUGACCAACUGAAGGGGAUGUUUGCUUGGUGCGAAUCAGACCGGGUGGCGUGAGUGGUGAAACACUAGAGCCGUUGUCUGUUCUUUUGAGUUUUGAUGUUGAGUCUUUGCCCGACAGUGAUGUUAGGAUAUGUUAAAAUCCAUUUCGUUGUUACAGGUGUCAAGCUUAUGGGCAUGUUGUAGGUGUGAGAAUUAUGCAGAAGAAUUAUGUUUCAGUAAGAUUGCAUGUUUAGCUUGUAUUGCAAUGGUUAUCAACUGUACUGGAGGGAUGGAACGUAAGUUGCAGAAAGUAAGGUUGUGGUGGCACAGAGAGGUAUUUGAGUGUACCAGGCUUGACGUCAGAAGAGUUACAGGGUGUGUUGAGUGGUGGUGUCCAGUCCUUUCAGACUUUUUGGCCUGAGGUAGGACUAGAUAGAUUUAAAUAGCGUAGUAGGGUGGUGGAUUUUUUUGUGUUUGGUUAGAUGGUAACGGUAUUUGUUUGUUUAUUUUUUUUAUUCUCAAGCAAGGUUUAGUGGAGUUUUACUCCCUUCUAGUAGGUGGCGGUAAUGCAACAUUAAUUGGAUGCCAACCUCCGUUAAACCUCAUCAAAGAAUACGUAUGUAUGUUAUUUACGAUGAGCAGUUCCCCACAUUUAGGGGAAUUAUGCGUUUUCAACAGGGGAUUAAGGGUGUAAUCAUUAGUCCAAACAAUUGCAAAACGAAACGAGUUUCUAUUGGACAAAUUCAGCUAAAUCCACUAUAAACGACAAGUAGUGCUGUUGCUUCUGAUUGGGUUAUUUAAUAAUCAACAUUUAACGUGAGAGAUGGCGCACACGGAAGGACUGGAAAAUGCAAUGGGAAAGUGUUCAGGAAAACAGGGCUCGACUCUUGGCCUGAGAAGUCGACCAUGCACCAGCGAAAGAGAUGGCCAGGUCCGCGUUGUUAAAGCCUUGCUUCAGAAGAGACUCGGACCUUACGAGCCGGUGUUGACCUACCUACAGUCCGUUCUGGUGUGGGAAAGGCCGUUUCAGAGUGUGCUACUCUUCACAGUGGUCAACGUUGUGUUCUGGUUCUUUGCCCUGACCUCGCUGCGCCUGCUCUUCCUGCUGUGCUCUGGCCUGGUUGUAUUCAUCUGCGUUGACAGCUGGAGGAACAAGAUCUGGCCUGAGAUCAGAGAUCCAGUCCCUUAUUCCCCAGUGUCAUACUACCCUUGGUGUGAACACCCUACUGGCCCUGUUAAAAAACCUGAUGAGUCUGAAAAUGAAAGCUGGGGCCUGGUGCAGCCAGGGGUGCUCAGUGUUCCAGAACUGUGUCACCACAUUGCUGAGGUCUGGGUCUCUGGGCUGGCCUUCACAUCCAGCCUGAUGCAGUUCAAACGCCACAACCCUGGCAAGUUCUGCCUCCUGACCUGUGCCCUCUUGACCUGUCUGGUCAUGGUUGGACGGUACAUUCCUGGACUGGUGCUCUCUUACUCUGCAGUGCUGGUUGUUCUGCUGUGCCCCCUGGCAGCGUACCACCGAGUGUGGCAGCGUGUGUGCAUGAAGCUGGAGCCGGCCCUGCAGUGGCUGGACUUCAGCGUUCGUGGGUAUAUGAUGUCAAAGCCCAUCGACAACCAGUCCUGUGGCCUGUGUUUGCAUGUUUGCUCUGCAGUCCUCCGCAAGCCAAUUCGGGGUGCAGCAUCCGGUGAUGCCAGUGACAGUGAGGAGGAGCUUGCUGCAUUCUGCCCGACGUUUGACGAUGCUAUAGUGGCCAAAGAACUUGCGAUGACAGACUCUGAGCACUCUGACGCUGAGGUCUCGUACACAGACAAUGGGACCUUUAACCUGUCCCGUGGCCAGACUCCUCUCACAGAGGGCUCAGAAGAUUUUGAUAGACACAGUGACAAUGAGGAGUCGUUUGCACGAGACCUCAAUGACUUCCCCUCCAUCAACCCAGACGCCACCCUGAUGGACGACGACGACGACUCCUGCAUCGGGCUGCCCAGCCUGGGUCUUCGGUCUGGGCGGACUGGCCCCCGAACCACGGCCGAGCUGCUGGAUGUGGAAUCCCACCUGGACUCUGACCAGGACGACCUGGACGAGGAGCUCUCCUUCGGCGGCCUCCCCCCUGCUUCUGACUUCCUCGGAGGUGACCUGGCUGGAAUCAUCGCUAGCAACAUGAUUCAGGCGGCAUUGGCUGGUGCCAUGCAGCCUCGUCCCCCUGCCGCCCGCAGAGAGAGGGUGGGGCCCACCAGAGCAGGGGCCCAUAGGGGCUUCCGCAAGCAGUCUAGCUCGGAGCUGGACACGGACUUGGACGGAGAGGACUUUGAGAUGCUGGACCAGUCGGAGCUGAACCAGAUGGAUUCCUUUGGGGGUGCAGGAGGACGGGGAGGAGGGCAGGGUGGGGGACAGGGGUCCAACUUCCUCUCCAACCUACUGGGGAAACCACAGUGAGGCGCAUAACAAUCAAACUAAGUAUUUGUGUGUGAUUGAGUGAUUGGAAUGUUUAUGGAUUGUUUUGACUGCGUGUAUGUGUGAGUCAUUUAAUCGUAGGAUCCAGCAGCCAGGCUCCUGAUUGGCCUCAGUUGAUAUCACUGUGAAGUACUUCUGAUUUCUAUCUCACUUUUCAAUUUCUUCCUUUAGUCUGUAGCUUGUAUGUGUAAGCCACCAUCAUCCAGAAAGUCUUCUUUUGCAGGCUGAGCAAUAGGAAACGCAAUGUAAAAAAAAUCCAUCUGUUUUUGAAACAGCAUUACAGAACCACUUCUCUGUCCUGUCAUCCAGUAUGCCCGAGUGAGUAAUAAGUUUUUUUUAAGUCGACCACUAGGUAGUAUACACAUUUCCUAAAAUGCUAGACACACAGGGCUAUUUAAUAUGGGACCAAGUAUGACAUUCCUGUUGAUUAGUGAAGUUUUACAACUGCAAUGACCGUGUUUUGAAUAGUUUUAGCAAUAUCUGACUGGUACUCUUUUAGUAAAAACCACUGCUUUCAUUUUAAGACACUCAUUCUCUAUUAGAAACUAAGUAAAUAUUAAUGGUGAUAUUUUUUUAGAUCAUUCUUGAUUGAGACAUUAAUUUGUUUCAAGUCUGAAAUCAUUGUAUUAAAGAAAGGGGAUUGGCAUUUUAGUUAUGUGUUUUACUGUCUUCCCCCCCGAAUGUUUCUUCCCAAACCAUUGGUCCUGUUUUGUUUGCUGUACUUCUGGGUAGAUCCGUGAACGUAGGGUUGCCUGUGUUCUCCAUGUGUCUUGAAUGAGCAGUCAUGGGCUAUUUAGAUAUUUUUGUCUGUGUCAUCACAAUAAGUAACUUUAUCAAGUUAACCUGCUCCUUGUAUCCCUUCUCUCGUGGCAUUCCCAAUCCCUAUCACCAUCUUCACUCAUUUUUGCCGAUCCUUCUCAGAGGAGAAUCUGUAGAAUAGACAUGCAUAUGUAAGAAGUACCGAAUAUAAACCUUUUAGUUUAACCUCAACUCAUGCAUGAACCACAUUUUGUAAACGUCUUAAGAAAAUCAUCAGGAAAACAUGUUUACAUUGAUGGGUGAACAAAAUGCUGGUAUACAAAACUCAACCUGAUUAGCCUUUUUUUUAAAGUGUGAAUAUGUAAUAUUGUCUUUUAAAAACUAGGGUGCAGUAAAUGUUAGCCUAUUUCUUUUAUUUUUUUGUGCAGGUCAGCAUGAUUAACCUGCGAUGGGCAAACAAGCUCCUGCUGCUUUUGUCUUUUUCAUGGACACAAUCUAAUAAAUAGGAGGGGUGAUUCUUGGUCAAUGAAACUGAAAUGACCCGCAGAUGGGUUUUGCUGAAGUAGCUGGAUCAAACAAUCAGAAAGAGACAAUGCUGGUUUAUAUAUAUAUAUAUAUAUAUAUAUAUCUGUGACAAAUUGCCCAAUAAUGCUAUUUGUGUUGUAUACAAAAUCAUGACUGUGGGAUUACUUACAGUAGAACUUCUAGAUCCCCUGACCAUGGACAUGGCCCAGAAAACAAUCUGUCUGAUCUGAAAAGGUUUGGGAUUUUAAUUAAAAAGAGUGAAUGUACAUGACUUGUUUUGGACCACUUUAGUUUAAAUAGGGCUUGUUGCAGUAUCGGUUCAUGAAGAUGGCCAGGCAAUUCUUCAUCCUUAGUAUUAUGUUCUAUAAAUGUGUUCAAGUAGUUUUUUUUUUCUCUCUCUGACAUUGGUUUUGAUGUGCAAAUCUUAUUAAAUAUGAAGUCUGGAUUAAAU